AUAUACAAUUUUUGUUAUAGGUUGAACUUCAAAAAAUAAAAUAAUUGAAAACGAGGUUUUGGUAAUUGAAAUCGUUUUUCAGUUUUUUCUGUGUAGAAUAAAAUAUAUUUAUGGUUAAGUAUUGUAGGCAAUAAAGAAAGUUUCAGAUAUUUAAAGUUGUUGGUUUAUUUUUGCACUUUUUUAAAUAUUUAUUUACAGCUGCGCGCUGAUAUUGUGCCUAAAACUGCGGAGAAUUUUAGAGCCCUUUGUACUGGCGAAAAGGGUUACGGCUAUAAGGGUUCAACGUUUCAUCGGGUCAUACCCAAUUUCAUGUGCCAGGGCGGAGACUUUACGGCGCACAAUGGCACUGGUGGAAAAUCGAUUUAUGGCAAUAAAUUUGAUGAUGAAAAUUUAAUUUUAAAACAUACGGAACCAGGUAUUUUGUCUAUGGCCAAUGCUGGCCCAAAUACAAAUGGCUCACAGUUUUUCAUCACCACUGUUAAAACUUCCUGGUUGGAUAAUCGUCAUGUUGUAUUUGGUAAAGUGGUCGAAGGUAUGGAUAUUGUUAAGAAAAUUGAAGCAAUGGGUAGUCAAUCGGGUAAGACUGGCAAGACAAUUGUUAUCAGUGAUUCUGGACAACUUCAACAUUAAAGAUUUUUUUGAAUAAAAAAAAAAAAAAAA